ACGGCCCAAUAGGAUGAGGCGAGGUCUAUUUGAACGAUGAAAAGCGGGCUCGCAAACAUUUAGAGGGAAACAAAGAGGCAGCGAACAUCUCGCGACCGUGAGACACGAAAACUGGAAUAAUUCACCUUUUCCGUCAGGAUAUUUUGACAUUCAUAUAAGGUUCACAGUCAUGUCUCACAAACAGAUCUACUACUCCGAUAAAUACGACGACGAGAAGUACGAGUACAGGCAUGUAAUGCUACCAAAAGAGAUUGCAAAGCGUGUACCCAAAACUCAUCUGAUGUCUGAGACCGAGUGGAGGAAUCUCGGGGUCCAGCAGAGCCAAGGAUGGGUGCACUACAUGAUCCAUCAGCCAGAACCACACAUCUUGCUGUUCCGGCGCCCUCUGCCCCCCCAGAAGUCAUAAGGGAAAGAUUCUCUGGGUCCUUGGAAUAUCAGUCCAACUUGCGUGCCACAGAUCAACUCAUCAAAAUAGGGAUCGCGCUGUCAGAUUACCUAGUUCUUGUGUGCUAGGUGACUUGUCAUUUGGACUGAUCAUGUUGGACCUGGAGAAGGACUAUUGCAUUUAUGAACAGUGGUUGUGGAAUAGAGUAUGCAUUGAAGGAAAAAGAAAAUCAUCGACCUUCUCUUGUGGAAAAGACUUCUUCAUGUGUUAACAGCGACACAGCGUCUGCCAGAAACCUUCAAAUCAGCUCACACUGUCUUUUUUGACUUAACCUAUCUGUCCAACUUACUGAACCUGCUUGGAUAUUCCAGCAUUUUAGAACAACAGAUAUAAGAUGUGGGGAGUAAAACCUGAUGAAAUCAUUUGAGUAAUUCUAACAGAGUGCAUUCUGGGUCGGAGCACAAGCUGGAGAGAAAAGCUGGGUCCUGAAUAAAGGUCGACUCUGAAACAUCAAACGGCGGUUUUAAGUGACAUGUUGCUGCUUGGUUUAAAUGGCACUAACUUGGCAUUUAACGUUUUUUUUUUCAUGUGCAUUGAAAGCUGCAUCCAUAAGAGUUGCCCUGAAACUAGUUUUGAGCACAUUAUAUUAGCUUUUGGCCCACUUUGAAACAAAUCUUGUGCCUGGUCUGGUUGUACCAGUGAGCUGCUUGGUAUUUAUGAAUGUGUUGCCCUUUCUGAAAUAAAUGUUAACUUUUAAAUCUGAGUAGUGUGGACAUGUGUUUUGGCAGUAUUUGGGUUUUACAACUACUGUACUAUUACACAAAACCACUUAAAAAUGCUCAUGAAGGGGAAAAGAAGGGAGCUGACAGCUUUGAUGGCAGAUGCUACCCUUAAGUGCUCUUGUUGAAUAAAUCAGAAUCAGUGACUGAGAUUGUAGAAAGCAAUUUUUGGGUUUAUGUAUCAAAUUAUAUUGCAACCAGGCACUUGAUUUACUUGUCAAAACUCCUUUCUGAAUACUUGCACCCAAUCUGAAAUGUUUGUGUUUACCUUCUGUCCCCUUCGUUUUACUAUCACACACUGCGCUGCUCUGCUGUCAUCGAGGCAAACGUUUCGCCUUGAACUUGUGCCUUUUUGCAAGGUAUUACAUGUGUAGGCAUUGAGCUGUUUGUCCUGCAAAGUUAUUAAAAAAUUGAAUAUGGA